UCCGUACCGACCUGGUCCUCACCCGCAAGCUGCCUGUCCCGUCGUCCCGUCCAUCUGUUCUCGCUGCACGUUCCAGUGAAAACACAGACACCGGUGUGUACCCUCAAGAGUUCAAGGACCCCGAAGUCGGGCCAAAUGUGAAGACUGGACGUGAGAAGCGCAGGUGAGAUGUCUCGGGCUUGCACGCUGUCGUGUACGCCGCUGACAUUGGCUUCGCUCUCCCGACACCUGGGCAGCGCGCCGCCGGUGCCCAGCGCAUUAUUGCAGGCGCCCUCUCACAUUGCUUCUCCAUCGACCCGCCCGUCGCCCCUGCUGCAAGUGUCGCCCACGCCGAUACAUGCCCAGGCACAGCCCUCGCAGAUGGGCGCUCGCCCGCCAUAUCCUUCCUUCGUCCCCGGCAGCGGGCUGAGACCUCAACGUCGCGCGCCUCCUACACCGGGUGGGCCACUGCGAGUGUAUGUACCCCCGCGGCAAAUUCCCGACGGCAAGACGGGCGGCGUCACUGGACGGCCGAACGGUGCCUCCGCGCUCACGUCUGUGUCGGCGAGUACGUCGAGCGUGCGACUGGAUCCCUCGCAUGGUGGCGAGUCCUCUGCGGGUGUGCCUCCCGCUCCUCAACCGGUGCGAGGAUGGUACGACGGCUACUACAUGCAGCCACACGUCGUCGGCACUCCUGAUCAGCAACCGCAAGGCCCGCAAGGCCCUUCCCGGCCCCGCAUCCCCAUCCCUUCUCGUAAUGCUCCUCGCCAACUCCACGCACCCGAUACGCCUACAAUAGCGCCCACCGUCACGGGCCAUCCUCCACAUCCUGCCCCGUCCCCGCACACAUAUGAAUUCUCCCUGUCUUCCGUGUCCUCGCCCUCGCCCACCGCUUCAUCAAUUGGUCCUAGUAACCGCCUUGCCAAGGAGAGGGCGGAGGAGGAGGCUGCGGAGAAGGCCGAGAGGGCAGCGGAAGAGAGGGCUAAGCAGAAAGCAGAUAAGAAGGCGUGGAAGGAGAAGGAGGCUGAGGAGAAGAGGAAGACCGAGGAGGAGGAGCGCACACGGAAGGAGAAGGAGAAGGAAGAGCAGCAACGGAGACGGAAGCAGGAGGAGGCGGAGAAGGCUCGCAAGGAGGCGGAGAAGGCCAAGAAGGAGACAGAACGGCUACGCAUGGAGAUUCGAGAGCGGUUACGCAAGGAGAAGGUCGCCGCCACGCGUGCAGAGUCGGAGAAGGGCGAAGUCGACGAGUCUGAGGCGACGCCUGCAUCUGAGGCUCAGGCUGAGGAGACUGCCGAGAUCCAGUACUCCAAGGACGAGCCGCAAGACACAGGAAGCCUCAGGAUCGACACUGCUGUGAGUGACGUGCCCAAGAAGCGACACCCUGGCCCUCUCGAAUCUUCCUCUACCCGCAAACAGGGCCAGCCCAUACCCUCCGCCCCGGCUAUCGUGACGGCACGUAUCACCGAAGACCUCGGAAGCGUUUCGUACCCUGAGAGUAUCAAGAGCCCGGAGGUCGAGCUCAACGUGAACGUCAAGCGCGGCAAGACCAGGUACGACCGUGACCGCUUGAUGGAGUUCAUGAAGAUCUGUAAGGACAGGCCAGACUACCUUCCGCCGCUUGACGCUAUCGCCCUCGAGUCCUCCGAGCAGGGCGCUGAUGUCUCAAUCAGCCACGAAUCCCAGCAGCACUCAUUGACUCCGAUGGUCCUGCCUCCCCUGAACUCCCCGUGUCAGCUGCAGAACCUUGGUUCAUCCAACUUCGAUGGCGCAGGUGGUCACCUCAUAAUUCAUGUAAGUCUCCGCAGACUAGGAAUGUACUGUGUCUAAUGCAGAUCACAGGACGCUGAUGAGCUAAGCGAUUCCUGGUCAACAAUUUCUGAUGAGGACAGUGCUUUCGACUGCUUAUCGGAUGUCGGCGACGACUGGUACGAUACGGCGGAGGCUAGCAUCUUG